GCAUUGUACAUUGAAUGUCUGGUCCGACGUCCCCGUCGACAUCUGUGGUGUCUGGAAAACCGACGGGCCUAUUCGGUAGUAGACUUUCCGAAUCAUCAGACACACCGACACUCUUGAGUCCUGUGUCCACAUCUGCCGAGAGCCGCCAGCAACUCCGUGCUGCACUUGAAGCCAUAUCGGAUUACAUUGGAUGUUCUAUGGACAGUAUUGUUUCGGAAUGUGGGCUUCUUCGGAAGCUAAACGAACGCUCAACCGAACAUUACUCCCAACUCGUCAACCUGGCAGAUGAUAUAUCUCACAGACUGAAGGAAACCAACGACCGCUAUAUUGCCCUCGAACCAUCGCUGCGCAAAAUCGAUCAGUUCGAUGCUCGCAUAAAGUCACUCGAAGAGGCCGCAACUGCGAUAGACCAAUACAUCGGUCAACUUGAAAAACAAUUUCACAAUCUGGAGAAGAUUUGA